AUGUUGCAAUGUCCGGAGGACAACAGCACAGGAUAUAAGAGCACCAGAUUCGUCCCUCAUAUCUGCUUCACGCCACAGCCCAAACCACCAGAACAUCCAUCAACACAACUCAUCAGACACCAAAACUUCAUCAUGGUUGCCUUCAAGAACAUCGCCCUCUUUGCUGUCAGCGCCACUGCCCUUGUCUUCCCUCGCAAUGCUGCAACGGUCCAGGCCGAUCUGAACAAGAUCAACUCAGACACCCAGACUCUCACCCAGCGUGCCAACUCGUACAACGGUGGUCUCAUCAACGCUCUGCCAGUGCAAAAUGCCGAGGGCACCCUCGAGAACGACAUCAAGUCAGCCACAAGCGAUGCCCAAGCUUCCGGUCCUGUCUCCGACGCCGAUGCUCAGUCCAUUAUCGACUACAUCAACAACACCCUCGAGCCAACCAUUUCCUCGGCUGUGACUGCCAUUGUCAACAAGAAGGCCAAGUUCCAGGCUGAUGGGCUUUCGAGCAUCGUCCAGAAGGAUUUCAACAACUUGAAGACGGAGACUGAUGAUUUUGGCUCCGCACUUCUUGCUAAGGCACCAAGUGACAAGCAGGCGGCGGGACAGGCGGCUUUGAGCAAGGUGGAUGCGGAUCUGCAGCGCGGAAUAAACGCCUUCGCUUGA